AAAUAUCGGUUUAAAAAUGAUAUCAUUUGGUGCUCUACAUAUACUGCUCAGCGUCCUGCGACUCUUUUAACCAGAUUACAGAAUAUAGUCUUGCUUUGCCUGCAUUGGGUACACGCCAGUCUUUGGCAUCCGUAAAUACAUCUGCUGCCUUGUCGCAGAUCUCGCUUACUGAAGAAGAUGCAGCUGCAGAUACAACACAUUUUCCAGAUGGGCGACUCGAUCGUGAUGAUCAGCAAAUCGAUCUUCGCUCUCAAAACUCAUGGACUAUGCAAAUUGGACAGAUUUCUACUGUAGAAAUGCUUGAAUGCCAUGUUAUCAAUGCAUUUGCUCCAUGGGUUCUUAUUUCCGAACUGAAAUCAUUAAUGGAAGCCACUGGAAAUCCUGUUAUUUCCGAAACAUCAGCUACUGCCUCGGAUGUCAGUGAAGAUACCAGUAUAAAGUCUUCCUAUGACAAGUACAUUGUCAAUGUAAGUGCCAUGGAAGGCCAGUUUUAUCGGCCUAAAACUGUUUUUCAUCCACACAGUAACAUGGCUAAAGCAUCACUCAAUAUGAUGACACGCACAUCUGCUGCAGGUCUUGCUGCAUUGAAUAUCUUCAUGACUGCUGUUGAUACUGGAUGGAUUACUGAUGAAAAUCCAGUUGAGCAGUGGGAGAAACGAGAAAAUGCUCCUCCACCUCUUGACGAAUGGGAUGCCGCCAUGCGAGUUUUAGAUCCCAUUCUGGUAGGCGUGCGUGGUGGGGACCGUAUGUGGGGAGUAUUUCUCAAAAACUAUACUGUAACUAGAUGGUGAUGUGAACAUGGAUCUGGACAUGUAUCUGUAUCUGGAAUGGUGACUUGUAUAGUUCUUGUAAUAAACACUGCUUGGUCGAAUG